UCGUAAAGAUGAAACUUUUUUUCCUAUCCUUCUUUCUUCUGUGUUCUCUCAUAUUAUUAGUUAAUGGUGCAACACAGUUGACUGGGUGUAGCACUACUGAUUUUUGUAUAAAUGUACAAACUCUACUUGUGUGUAGUGGAGAUACUGCUGCUUCUGAUGAUACUUUAAGAUGGAGGAUACGUGACAAUAAUAAUAAUAUAGUUCAAUCAGCUACAUAUGAUGAAGGGCAGACAGCUGUUGGUGAAGCUUCAAGAAUAAAUUUUGCUAAUAAUUCUUUUAGUGCUAUCCUCACUUCUAGUGCUGGCCCUAUGAGGUCUAAUAUAACAUUUAAUUCUUUUGAGGCUAUUAAUAAUUACACCGUUCAGUGUACUGUUGAUACAACACUCAGUUGUCGUAUAAUGGUACCAGGUGUUCCUGCUCGUUCUGAAAUUAAUGGAUUUGUUGUCACUCCUACUUAUGUUAACUUCUCCUGGCCAAUAUCAACCCAUCCUUGUUUUGAGGAGUAUCGAUUAUUAACUACAAGUCCAAAUAAUUCUAAUACUUUAGAGCGAAUUUUCAAUCGUUCAAUUACUAGUAUUCUCCUACCUAUAUCUCAACUUAAUGAUACAGAAUAUUCAUAUGGUAUAUAUACUACUGAUACUGGUCAUAGGUUUAUAGAACCUCAGUUAACAAGAAUGCUUACACCCAAUGUUCCUUUAUCUGUUGCUAAUCUGGCGUUAACGCAAACUGAUUAUCCAACUGAUACUAAUGAUACUGUUAACAUCACUGUAUCAUGGAAUGAACAACAAUCAUCUCGUCCUCCUGCAACUCAUUAUAAUAUUCAAUAUAACAUUUCUAAUGAAAUUCAGACUAUAUCAACUAAUGUUACUUCACUAAUUCUGUCUGGUUUUUCAGUUGGUUUAGUGUAUACUGUUUCAGUGGAGGCUGUUAAUGUAUUAGGAACUGGUACUGUUGCAUCAGCUACAAUAACUAUACUUGCUACACCACCACCACCACCUGAAAUACCUUCAACUAGUACAUCUGUGUCUUCCUUUACUUCAGGCAUUAAUGCAACUCCUAGUAUGUCUCCAUCAAGCAGUAUGACUCCAUCAAGCAGUAUGACUUCAUCAAGCAGUAUGACUCCACCAAACAGUAUGCCUCCAUCAAGCACUAUCACCCCAUCAAGCAGUAUGACUCCAUCAAACAGUAUGACUCCUCCUACUCAAGAACCAUCACCUGCACCACUUAGUGCUGGUGCUAUUGCUGGUAUAGUAAUUGUCAUCAUUGGACUGGCGCUGGCAGUUUCGAUUAUAUUAGUGAUUGCUAUUGUAUGUUAUGUUAAGAAAAAAAAUGAAGGCACAAAAUCUUCUGUUCCUCCUCAAAUGAUUGAAGCUUAUAAUUAUGCUCAAGUAGACUACUCUGCUAAAUCAUCUUCCUCUACGAUACAAGCUCCUCCAAAACCAGCAAAAGCAAUUUCACCUGAAGCUGAUAAUCAGGUUUUAUAUUCUGCCAUUCAAAAAUCGGAAGCAUCUCAUAACCCACCACCACCACAAGAUGGUACCGAGUAUGCUGAUCUUGAUCAUAGUUCUUCGUCGUCUGGUAGACGCCACCAGAGACCCAAGGACACCAGUAAUCAAGUCACAUAUUCUCAUGUGAGCCAUCAUCAUGAUAGACGCAGAGUGAGGGGAAGUAACCAUGGAAACUAUUAUUAAUUAAUUACUGAACUACUUUGAACUAGUAUAAACACACUGUCUUUUUUGCCUUUUAUGUGUGUCCUAAUGAUAUGAGGAUGAUGUGUAGCGUAUGCAUGUAUGCCCAUGAUGUCCAUUUGUAUGUUAUGGUGUGCAUUAUGUAUUAUCAUAUGCUUAGUGUCAGCUGCCCUGUACUAUA